AUGGCGUCCUUGAACAGCCAGCCAUCUAAGAAGGCAAUACGCAGUCCCGGCGGCUCAGCUGGAGGCUCUCAGGGUAAGGCUAAUUCAAGUGGCCAAACUGUGAAAUUUGCUAGACGAACUUCGAGUGGAAGGUAUGUCAGUCUCUCAAGAGAAGACCUUGACAUGUCAGGGGAAUUGUCAGGGGACUACAUGAACUAUACGGUCCAUAUUCCUCCCACCCCGGAUAACCAGCCCAUGGACACUUCCGUGGCUGUCAAGGCGGAGGAGCAAUAUGUUUCUAACUCACUCUUCACCGGGGGAUUCAACAGCGUUACGCGUGCUCAUUUGAUGGACAAGGUAAUUGAUUCGGAGGUGUCACAUCCACAGAUGGCCGGAGCCAAAGGUUCGGCGUGCAUGAUGCCUGCUUGUGAUGGUAAUGUGAUGAAGGACGAGAGGGGAGUCGAUAUAACUCCUUGUGAAUGCAGGUUCAAAAUAUGUAGAGAUUGCUAUAUGGAUGCACAGAAGGAUACAAAUCUUUGUCCUGGUUGCAAGGAGCCAUACAGAUCGGACGAUUUUGAUGAUGAUGGACCAGAAUAUGAUCGUAGGGGAACACUGCAAUUGCCUGGACCAGAUGGGGGAAAUAGGGAUAACAUGUCAGUGAUGAAGAGGAACCAAACAGGUGAAUUUGAUCACAAUAGGUGGUUGUUUGAGACCAAGGGUACCUAUGGUGUUGGCAAUGCGUUUAAUCCCCCAGAGGACAGUGGUUAUGAUAAUGAAGGGUUCGGACCAGGAUCAAUGGAUGCUACCGAAAAGGCUUUCAAGCCGCUAAGUAGGAAGAUACCAAUUGCAGCAGCCAUUAUCAGCCCUUACAGGUUACUGAUCUUUGUUCGAUUGGUAAUUCUGGGUUUCUUCUUGCAUUGGAGAGUAGUGCAUCCAAACAAUGACGCAAGAUGGUUGUGGAUGAUGUCAAUUGUUUGUGAGCUGUGGUUUGCCUUUUCCUGGAUUCUAGAUCAAACUCCAAAGUUCUUCCCUAUUAAUCGUUCUACAGACCUAGAAGUGCUCUUUGAAAAGUUUGAUAUGCCAUCUCCUUCUAAUCCCACUGGUCGUUCUGACCUCCCUGGCAUUGACAUGUUUGUGUCUACUGCCGAUCCUGACAAGGAGCCACCUCUCACCACUGCCAACACCAUUCUUUCAAUCUUGGCUGUUGAUUACCCGGUGGAGAAGGUUGCAUGCUACAUCUCCGAUGACGGAGGUGCUCUUCUUACUUUUGAGGCAAUGGCAGAGGCUGCUAGUUUUGCAGAUUUGUGGGUGCCAUUCUGCAGGAAACACAAUAUUGAACCAAGAAAUCCAGAUAGUUAUUUCGCCCUAAAAGUCGACCCUACGAAGAACAAGAGCAGGACAGACUUUGUGAAGGAUAGGAGGAAGAUCAAAAGGGAGUUUGAUGAGUUCAAGGUAAGGAUCAACGGGCUUCCUGACUCUAUUAGGAGAAGAUCUGAUGCCUUCCAUGCUAGGGAGGAGAUGAAAAUGUUAAAGCACAUGAGGGAGACGGGUGCCGACCCUUUGGAGCAAGUCAAGGUCCCAAAGGCCACAUGGAUGGCUGAUGGCACACAUUGGCCGGGUACUUGGUCCGUCCCUUCUAAUGACCAUAAAAAAGGUGACCAUUCAGGAAUUCUACAGGUGAUGCUCAAGCCUCCUAGCCCCGAUCCGCUAAUGGGAGGGCCAGAUGACAAGCUUUUAGAUUUCACUGAUGUUGAUAUACGACUCCCUAUGUUUGUAUACAUGUCAAGAGAGAAGCGGCAAGGCUACGAUCACAACAAGAAAGCUGGUGCUAUGAAUGCUUUGGUUCGAACUUCAGCUAUCUUGUCCAACGGGCCAUUCAUCCUUAACCUCGACUGUGACCACUACAUCUACAACUGCAAAGCCAUCCGAGAAGGAAUGUGCUUUAUGAUGGAUAGAGGUGGAGAAGACAUCUGCUACAUUCAGUUUCCUCAGAGAUUCGAAGGCAUUGAUCCCUCGGAUCGUUAUGCUAACCAUAACACUGUGUUUUUCGAUGGAAAUAUGCGUGCUCUCGAUGGUCUUCAAGGUCCAAUGUACGUCGGAACUGGUACAAUGUUUAGGCGGUUCGCCCUUUAUGGUUUUGACCCUCCAAAUCCAGACAAGGUUGCCGCACAGAAGGCGGCAGCUGCAACUACGGGUGACUCAGCAGAGGCACAUGCACAACCCUUGACUCCGGGACAGACCCUACAGCCCAUGACAGCUAGUGAGCUCGACCCUGAACUUGAUACCAAUCUUCUGCCUAAGCGUUUCGGAAAUUCUACCAUGCUAGCUGAAUCCAUACCUAUUGCUGAGUUUCAAGGCCGCCCCCUAGCUGAUCAUCCUGCAGUCAAAUAUGGACGCCCUCCCGGCGUUCUUAGGGUGCCUCGUGAUCCACUUGAUGCUACAACUGUUGCAGAAGCUGUCUCCGCCAUUUCUUGCUGGUACGAGGACAAGACUGAAUGGGGAGACCGAGUGGGUUGGAUUUAUGGAUCAGUCACAGAAGAUGUUGUGACAGGAUACCGUAUGCACAACCGUGGAUGGCAUUCUGUCUAUUGCAUCACCAAGCGUGAUGCAUUCCGGGGUUCAGCUCCGAUUAAUCUUACUGAUAGACUCCACCAAGUGCUUCGGUGGGCAACUGGCUCUGUCGAAAUUUUCUUCUCCAGAAACAACGCCAUACUCGGUUCCAUGCGCCUGAAAGUACUGCAGCGUAUGUCAUACAUUAAUGUCGGCGUCUACCCUUUCACCUCCAUCUUUCUCAUUGUCUAUUGCUUCCUCCCUGCACUCUCACUCUUCUCUGGACAGUUUAUCGUGGCUAAUCUUGACAUCACCUUCUUAGCCUACUUGCUAACCAUGACAAUAUGCCUCAUUGGACUAGCCGUGCUAGAGGUCAAGUGGUCUGGCAUAGGAUUGGAAGAGUGGUGGAGAAAUGAACAGUUCUGGCUCAUAUCCGGAACCAGCGCUCACUUGGCUGCUGUGGUGCAAGGGAUUCUCAAAGUUAUUGCAGGAAUUGAAAUCUCCUUCACACUCACUUCCAAGUCUGCAGCAGAUGACAACGAUGAUAUCUUUGCAGACUUGUACCUUGUUAAGUGGACUUCCUUGAUGAUUCCCCCGAUUGUUAUCGCACUCGUCAACAUAAUUGCCAUUGCUGUUGCAGUUUCAAGAGAGCUUUAUUCUGUAAAUGCUCAGUGGGCUAAGCUUGUUGGUGGAGCUUUCUUCAGCUUCUGGGUGUUGGCUCAUUUGUAUCCUUUUGCGAAGGGUUUGAUGGGAAGGAGAGGGAAGACGCCUACCAUUGUGUUUGUCUGGGCAGGUCUCAUUGCAAUCACACUAUCGUUGCUCUGGAUUGCCAUUGCGCCACCGGGUGGUGGUGGACAAGCGGCUGGACAAGGAUUUCAAUUCCCGUAA